UAGAUCUACAAUCAUCAUGAUCACACUCUUGUCUUACUUCAAAACAGUGUGUAGAUCUACUUGACUCCAUAGAAGAAUAAGUAUUAGUAUUACCGGUACUACUUGUAAUAAGUAAUAGUAAUACCGUGCUGUACGGGUGGUAGACUCUACUGGCAUCACUUGCUACUCGACUUGGCUUUGGUAGGAAAUGUCGAAAUUGCUUCUUGUAAUUCGAUUGCUCUUCACAGCGCAGCUUCUUUACGUUGCCAUCGAUUUCUCAACGCGCACAGUUCUCUCCCUAGCCGCUGUGCUCGUUGUGUUUUAUGUCACCCAAGAGCCCAAGAAGACGGACCAUGAGGCUGGCGACAAUCCUUUUAGGGCCAGGACGAAGUCCGGAGAGGUUGUGUCGACUAGCGAGGAUGCCGUUCCUGAGGCCACUGUCGCUAGCUACCGACAGCAAAUUGCCGAGUUCGUACUAUCCGCGGACGAUCCAGUAGAAGCCUCUGCAAUCCAUCACUUCCUACCUGUCCAGCAGCAUACUGAAUGUAUAUUUGCAAAGAGUGCACGCCUGUGGGGAGCACGUGACUGGAACCACCAUCUUAGUUUCGAGGAGAACGUUGAAAGGUCCAUUCCAGCACUAAUCAAGUUCUGCGCUAUUGGCCUGCAUUGUCAACUGGACGGAUUCGUCUUUGAGCUGCCCAGCAGCACAUUUGGCACAUCUCCCGAAGUGUUCGGGAGAGGUGUUCGUCGUCUGCUAACGUGCCUGUCUGACUCAGACCCAGCUGGCGUGCACUGCAUGCGGCGCUCCUACAUUGGUGGCCGGGGCUGGUUCUAUGAAUUUGCAAGAACACCUAUAUUUGUUACAACGUUUGCACCGUGUUACGCAGACAACCACUCACGGCAUGCAUUCGGUGUGGAUGGAUGCUUUGUCCUGCUACAGCCUGAGUACUCUUUUGCUGCCAAGAAUCUCCCGGCUGACACACCUGACACUAACUGGACAAAUCCGCAGACUGUCCGUGACCGUAUCCGCGUGGCCUACCGCCAAGCCGGGCGCGAGUACAUUGUGCGUGACACUGUGUAUUACUCUCCAGCGCUGGACAUCGUCAAACCACUGGCGGUGGACACGGAUGAAGUGGUGCAGUGGUGGUCUAACACAAAAACAGACUGAAACUGCUCAUCAUAGAAACAUUACUUUCUCAGUGGUGCACGGCAGGCUUCAUAACUUCUUGUUCUAGCAGUGAAUCUUCAGGGUUGACCAAAUUAUACUUAUGAAAACAUUGAAACAGUUGAAAGUGUUUACAGCGUGUGUGUUAUAUUUAUCUGUUAUUGAGAGAGGUGCUAUGACAGUAUGCCAGCAACAUUUGCAAGACGAAACGUGCAUUCCAAUUGAGAACACACACCAAAUAAAUGAUCAUACAAAACUUUGUAACAUAACAGUAUUCACCGA